AUGGCGAGAGUGGCACUGGUUUUGAUAAAGAAGCUGUAUUUCAUAUUGUCUAGCACCAGGAGAUGGAUCAUCGGUGAAGACCAGUGUGGUGGACCAACUGUCAGACGAGAGUUGCAGUUUGUUACAGAGAAGGUGCUGAGUGAGGAUGAGUGCAAGGAUACAAUCUCUCUGAUGAAACAUUCAGCUGAUGAAGACACAGUCAAGAAGAAGAUGAAGUUGACAUUUGUUUAUCGACACAGCAUGGUCCUUGACCUCCUGCUGUCAAGCAACAUAGUGUCUGUUUUUCCACGUUUCAAAGAUAUCAAAGGCUUGAUCGAACAGGAUUAUGUACUGAUGUUUGGUGAGGAUGUAUCAGGCAGGUUGCUGGAGAGGUGGCCAACAACAUUCAAAAGAAAGAUUAUCCAACAAGGCAGAAAGCUUCCUUCUACCAGUGACCUGAAAGAACUUUUGCUGGCAGCUGACUCACCUGAGGAUGCCACUGAAGUUAAUGCUGACAUUGGCUGGGACAGUGGGACAGGUGGGACAAUAGCAAUUCUUUUGCUAUUACAUCUGAUUCCAUCAUCUGGUCAGGGUCGGAAGAGACCAGGAAAGGUGUCAGCUUCUCAAGCAGAAAGGCAUCUUGUGGUCUUCAAGAAGACUGGAACAAAUAUCCAAGAGCACCUUGAUGCCGUCACUACCAGCACUCAACCCUACCUCCUGGCUGUUGGGGUGGAAAAGGUGGAAAGGGCAUCUAAAAGAUGA